AUGAAGGGACACUUGCUUACGCUCCUCUUCGAUCAAUCCGUGAUAAUCACUACACUCAGUCCAGAAAUCCACGCUGUGCCUCACUCACAUUCUCACUCAUCCAGGCAGGCUCCAGGGCAACAGGCUGGGGUCCAGGAGGGUCAAUUCAAAGAAGACGGAGAACAACAAUUAGGAAACAAGCCAGGAGAUUACAGGAAGAAUCCAGGAUGGCACAGAACCCCAAGCACCGUCCUUGUGGAGAAGGCUACCCACUGGGUGAUACGUGAUGCGUACUCAUGCCAACCCCCUUCUGAAGACCCUGAUGUAGGCUGCCAACAGCGUUUCAGUGUGGACAAGGAGGAGAAAGCAAUAGGCGUACUCAAAUCCAGUACCUCCACACUCAAGGAAUCGGGGAGAGGAGUUUGUUUUUGGAGUCACGGUGUGGGAAGUGGAGUUUUAGGAGUUGCUGCUUUUUCACCUUUCAUACACAUCUGUACUGUGUGUGGGAUUCAGGGAGAAUUGCCACAGGAGCCACAGUGUUGGGAUUUGUAUAUACUUAUUAAUAAAUUCACUGCUCAUCAUAAGAGUCAAGCAUUUUGGGUCCUCCUUCACCCUGCUACUCCACAGUCUGCCACUGUAGACUGUGACAAAAAGGCUAUUUUUAAUCAAAAGGGGAAGUGGAAACAGGAGGGUAACGAAGCACAGCUGAAUCAAAUCUAG